ACCCGAGCCGGCCGCCGACGAGAUGGCCGGGCCGUGGUGAUCUCCGGCGGUUGGGGGGCAGUGCGGUGCGGGGAUGGAUCUCGCGGGGAUGAAACGGCGGGAGCUGCAGGCGCUCUGCAAGCGGCACGGCCUCCCCGCCGGCGGCACCAACGCCGAUCUCGUCGCCCGCCUCGACGCCGCGCUCUCGGGGGCCGCUGGUGCGGAAGAGGAGGAAGAUGUGGUCGGAGUAGUAGCCAGGAAGGGGUGUCUGAAGCGCUCGGUCGGAGAUGCUGGCGAGGCGAAGAAGGUGACUUUUGCGGUGGAGGAAUCGAGAGGGAGGAGGCUGAGGUCCCGGGUCGUCUGGUCGCCGGUGGUUGCCAAGACAAGGGGGAAGCGCGCUGAAGCUGGUAGUACUGAUUCUGCUGCUGAUGACGGAAUUCCUUCAAGGGCAGGUGAAAAUGUCCCAGUAAGGCGGUCCAGGAGGAAUUCUUUGGCUGCUGCCGAGGUUGAGGAAGUAGAAGAAGCUGUUACUUUUGGUAGGAAACGGAAGCCGAAGAGCCAGGAGAUUGCUGAGGACGUUGCUGUCAGUGCUCAGCCUGUAGCUUCUUGCAGAGUCACGAGGAGGUCGAGCUUGUCAGGAACCACCGUCCUGUUGCCUCCUGCUGUUGAGAAGAAGAGAGGGAGGGGGAAGGCAGCAGCUGGUAAAAAUAAACUUGUUACUGAGGAGCAGGCUGCUGAGGCUCAAGGUUUGUCUGCGGCGGCGCCACUUACAGUUGUGGAGAGUAAGAGGAGCAGGAGGAAGGGACCUGAUGUGCAGAAUUCAUCUAAGGUGGAAGUAUCCGCUAAGACCACAAGAUCCCGCUCAGUAGAAGCUGUUAUGAAGUCGCCCCCUGUGCUUGAGAACAAGAGGAAGAGGAAGUCAGGAGAUGCACAACCAGAUGUAGAACAGCCUCCAGUUGCAGAGGUGCCUAGAAAUGAUGCUCCUGUCACCAGGUCUUUGAGGAACAGGGUAGUCCAGGUUAACAACAGUGUGGUAGAGGAAACUCACACUACCCAACAGCCGGAAAACAAGAUGCAGCCUAAUAGACCAGCUACUCGCAUGCAUCAACAGGUCGCAUCUUCUGUGGAGAAAGAAGAUCAAGUACAAGUUGCUGCUCCUAGUAAGGCCCCUCCAUCAAGGCGAUCAAAGAGAAACAAUUAUGAGGCCAAUAAUGUAAAUUCAGAAAGCAACAAAUUGAUCAGUGCUCCAGUGGAGGCCAAAGACUCAAAAAUAGCUCACCCAUUGACACACCAUAAUGCUAAGGCUGAAGAUGUGGAGAAACAACCAAUAGUCAGAGAACCUGUUAGGCGGUCAACACGUAAAUCUGUUGCCUCAGCUAUGCUUGAUAACGAGAAGGAUCUAAUUGAAGAGAAGAACCCUGAAGCACAUGUUAGGAGAUCACUGCAGAGAUCUAUUGUGCCGGUUGAAGAUAUCAAAGGUGCUGGUGAAGAGAUUCAGAAUGCUAAAGGUGAAGAUGCCCCGAAGCAGCUAGCAGUUAAAGAACCUGUUAGGCGAUCAACACGUAAAUCAGUUGUCUCAGCCAUGCUUGAGAAAGAGAAGGUUCUCAUUGCAGAAAAGAACCCAGGAGCACACGUUAAGAGAUCAAUGCGGAAAUCUGUUGUGCCAGUUCAAGAUAUUAACGGUGUUGGUGAAGACAUUCAAAAUGCUAAGAGUGACGAUGCGGAGAAGCAAUUAGUUAUGAAUCAACCUGUCAGGCGUUCAUCAUGUAAAUCUGUUCUGCCGGAUACACUUGAGAACGAGAGUGGAUCUCUAGUUACAGAAACGAAUGCUGAGGCACAUGUUAGGGCACGGAAGUCUCUUCUUCCUAAUAUGCUUAACAAGGAGGACCCAGAUCACAGCAAAAUGAUCAGAAACGAGAACUUUCAAAUUGGUAAAUGUGAAGACGAGAAACAACAAAAAGUAAAGGAACCUGUUAGGCGAUCAAGGAGAUCUGUUGCCACAGUGAUGCUUGAGGAACAAAAUAAGGGUCUUCAUGAGGAAAAAAUGUCAACAAUUCCUGUGAGGAGAUCAACACGUAAAUCUGUCGCUCUCAACAUAGUUGAAAAGGGGAGCAAUCGCACUGAAAAGGUUGGAAGGGAACAGUCAGGAGUCAGAACAAGGAGGCUGAAAGCAAGAGAUAAACUUACAGACCAUGCUGUGGCUGUGGAGCCUGUGGUUACUUCUGGAAACGAAUUGCAGGUAGAUGUGCAGAACAAUCAAGGCCUGACAGUCAAAUCUCCAAAUCAUAAUUUAUCUGAUGGUAAUGAGACACAUCCUGGUUCAGACAAGUUUGUAUCAUGUGAGAGAGUUGGUGAAGAGGGCUUGAAAUUGAGAAAACACAGAACGUCUUCAAUGGAAAUAUCAUCUUCAGCCAAUGAUUUCUGGAAUAUGGAAGAUUUUAGUGGACAGAAAUUCAGGAAGCAACAGAGCACACAAACACCAUGUGAAAAAGAUAACACAGGAGCUAUCUAUGAUAAGCCACAGAGAGUACAGCAGGCGUCAACUUCCACAACUUCGAAGGGAAGGUCUUCAAAGAGGAGACGGACAAGGACAACUGCUCCAGAAGAAGUUAUGUCCGCCGAGGAGGCAAAUGAUGGCAUGAUUAUCAGGGAAGAAACAAUGGACACACAUAAAACGUCUCAUGAAUAUAGUAAGGAGUCUAGUAGCGGAACUCAAGAAAUUUGUCAGGUUAGUGCCACAAGGGAAGGGUUCUCUUCAGGUCCAUUGCUUGGGACAGUAACACUCCCUGACGAGAUUUACACAACACAGAGUGUACACAAGGUGAUACCUGCAUCAGAAACUGGUGGCCUUGCAAAGGAAAGUUCGGAGAAGAGUAAACAACCUCAAGAACACUCUGACAUUCAAGAUGAUGAUACCCAUUUAUCUGAAAUAAGAAAUGGGAAAUUGGAUCAAUCAUCAAGCAUCACAGAACUACUCCCACACAAUGCUUUUGUCUCAGAGGACAAAACAUUGAUGGGUGAAGAUGUUUUGCCUGUUGACUUCACUGUUGGAGAUGAUGAAGGGCAAAGCCCUGCAGCUGGGCAAGGAAGAGUUGGCUGGGAAGCAAAUACAAGUGAGUCUGAAGAAAAGAACCUAGCUGAUGCCAUGUCCACUGGUCUCCACACCAAAAGUCUGCAACAUGAUAUUGACAUACUAGCUGAAGAGUCCGGUGAAGAUGUUGUGCCAAUGAGUUUCACUACUGAAGAGCAUGGAAUAAAAUUUAAAGUGAGCCCUAUAGCUGUGGAAAGGAGAGUUAUUGGGCAAGCAAGUGCAUGUGAAUCUGCAGGGAAAACAUUAACUGGCAUCUUGUCUAAUGAUCUCCGCACCAAAUAUCUGCAACAUGAUCGUGACGUACUGACUAAAGAGAUUGGUGAAGCUUCGGGAUCUUCCAUACAAAUAUCAGACAGUAAUCCAGAAAUUCACUGUGAUGCGAUUGCUGAAGAAAGUAUUCGAGCUGCUGAUCUUGGGAGCUGUCCCAGCAAUGGUGGAAAAGGGAACCCUCUUUUGAAAAAUCUGCACGACAGUAUUCUUCCAGUAAUGAAUUCUGCUCAGAGAUGUUCAUCAGAUGGAAGACGUUCAUCAUUUGGUCUUGAUUUUCUGUUUACAGAAGAGUGCAAAGAAAACUGUUCCAGAAAUGUCGAAAAUAUUACUGUAGAAGUUGAUGGUGGAAACAAAUCUAGCACCUGUGUAAGUCCUGAUUUCUAUGUGGGAUCAGAUUGUGGUUUGGAAGAUGAGGAUGUGCAGCCUACUGGAUUUGAUGCUGAUAAGAAACUUGAUGUGGAUCAGGAUGCCGCAGAAGAAGAAGUUGUUGUUGAGGAGAAAAAUUAUGAUCAACAUGUUGCUCCCAAAACUGACCUAAAAGCAAAGUUAAAUGGUGAACUUACUGGUCUUGAUAUGGAAUCAGAUUGUACCAUUGCUGAAAAGAACGUGAGGUUUGUUGAAGAUAAUCCUGAUGAUGAAGAAGUUACAGUUCAGGUCCAGCAGGCUAAUGUACAAGAAGGUGAUUCUGAGAAGCCUUCACAAUUUUCAGCAACACCAGAGUGUAAACAUGAAUUUUGUUUGCCCGACGAAACAGUAUUGCAUUCAAAGAAGAACAAGGGAUGUUUAUCAAGUGAAGAACAAUCACCAUUUGGCCUACAAUCCCUGUUCUUGCAGCAAAGCAUAGAAAAAUCUGUGGAGUGUGGUGCUCUUGCUUCUGCCACAGUUAUUGCAGAAAAUGGAUUUGAUGAAUUAAAAUAUGUUCAUGUGAAGUGUUCACUAAAAAAGACUCGUGUGUCAGAACCUUUUUCACAACUUGAUACUGAUGAAGACAGUUGUCCGGUUUCCAAAAAUGAAGAUUGUAUGUUCAUAUCCCAGCAAGAUAAGGGAAUAGAAGGAUUAUCAAAGGCAAGCCUUGAUGAAGAAUCGGUUCCAUCAGGCUUUUCGUUGGACGCAAAGCACAUCAAAGAGGUCACUAAUUCUGAGGAAGUGGCCUGUAAGGGAGAAGGAAGUAAGAAACUUGUCCAUUCUGAUGACCUUAAAGCUUCAUCUGAAAAAACAGAUGUCAAUGGGCCAGAUACUAUUGAAAAUUCUUCAUUUAGUUUAGCAACUCCUGGUUAUAAGCAUGAUGAUGCUUUGUCUGAGGAAGCAGUGCGCACAAUGAAGAAAUAUGCUGGAACAUGCUCAUCCAAUCCCAGAGAAUUACUUAUGGACCUGCAGUCCCUGUUCUCAAAGGAAAACAUUGAAGAAUCUGAUCUGCAUGAUGGACUUGCAUUCUCAAGUGCUGAAAGUCCAGGAGAUGAAUCAAUUGAUGUUGAACAACUGGUUGAGGUACAUCUUGGUUCUAAUCCGUCUCAGUUAGAAUCAAAUGAUCUCUUGGAUGAACUGAUUGGGUGUUCGAAGACUGAAGUGCUGCAUCAGGGUCAUAAAGGUCUAUGCAGUGAGGAUAGAGAAGAGCAAAAGCUGGAAAGCCCAAUAGUUAUGGAAUCUAGCCUUAACUGUAAUAAAGAUGUUACUAAUUCUUCAAUCAAUGGGUCUGUUGUGGAUAUUGUUGAUCAAAGAACUCCAUCUGGUUCGGCUUUACCAGAAGAUUGUCGUAUGGAUCAUAACCUGCAACGAGAGUUUUUAGAUGGCUGCUCAGUGGAUUCUGGUGUAGCAGGUACUAUUGGGAACCCUUCAUUUAAUUUAGCGACUCCUGAUCAUGAACAUGAAGGUGCUUUGUCUGAGGAAGCAGUGUGCAAAAUGAAAAAAUAUACUGGAACAUGCUCGGGAGAUCCCAGACAUUUACUCAUGGAGCUGCAGUCUCUUUUCUCAGAGGGAAGCAUUAUAAAAUCCGAUUCGCAUGAUGUUGCAUUUCCAUGUUCUGAAAGCGAAGGAAAUGAACCUACCGUUUGCCAUGUUGAGAAACUGGUUGACACACUUGUUUCUUCAGAACCUGAUACGUGCCAAGGCCUUCGUCAAGAUCUCAGCAGAGCUGAAGAAAAAGAGAGCUGCGUGUCUAUUUCCAUGCAACUAAAUCCUGAGCUGGAGGACGAUGAAGUGGAGAAACACAGCUUAAACUGUGAGAAAGACACCAGUCAGAUUCUUGGUAUAACUAGAUCUGUGCUGAGCAAAACAGCCCUUUUGCCCAAGGACAGUCAUACCAUUUAUUGGCAGGAACAGGAGCUACCAAAUGACUUAUCCCCACUUAAAUCUGGUAAGGAAUUUGCAAUCUGUCUGGAUGAGAGUUUUUUCAGAUCUGGAACUUGUCAAUCUAACAGCCAGAAGCACAUAGUUGAAAGCAACUCCAGGCCAUCAAGUUGUGAUACUGAAGUGCUCCAGCAAGAUCAUAAAGACGAAAGCAACAUAUGUAAUGAAGACAAAAGCAUUCCAAAAGUCCUUGAAAAUGACAUGCCUGAAGCUGCCCCAGUUGAACGAAUGGACAGUGCAAUAAUGCUGCCCUCAGUUGCUGGAAAGUCAGAAAUGUCUGAUGAGCUGCUUAACACCGAGCUGAGUGAUGAAGCUGAGGAACACAGCCUUAGUUCUGAUAAAUAUACAAUUAAAAAUUUCUGUACUGGGUCAGCAAAAAACGAUCUGUUCGCCCUGCCCAAGGACUGCCAUAUGGACACUUGCCAGAAACAGGAGCUCCCAGAUGUCCAUUAUUUACCUAAAUCUCCUGGAGAAUCUGCAAAUUGUCAGGAUGAGAGUGUUUCAGGAUCAGGACCUUGUCAGACUAGUUGGCAACAGUGUAUAAAUGAAAGCAGGAGUGUGCAGGUGACUUCUAAUAUUGAAGCGUUCAAUCAAAAUCAGGAGGAAAGCAACCAAAAUAAUGAAGGUCAAAUUACUCCUAUUCCUAGCGUUGUGUCUGAAGCUGCAGAUAUUGAAAGAUCAGAAAGGGAAAUAGGUCUGACCCCUCCUGCAGGACCGUCAGCAUUGCCGGAUGAGCAGCUUAUCACGAAGGUGGAGUGCCACGAAGUGGACACUUCGAGCUUAUUUGAUACGGAAUUGCUGUACAGCAAAGCAUCCAAUUUGCACACAGACACUCGCAAGGAUCAUCCUCCAAGUGAUCUAUCUGCUCCGAGAUCUCCCGAGGAAUCUACAUCUUUUCCCAAUUCCUCUGUUCCGGGAUCAGAAUCUGUCAAAGCAGCAGGCGAAGAGGUAUAGACGAACUCCGUGCCAAGCUGCAGAGUUUCAAAGUUUCCAGCACUGCAAAAGGAAGCUACAUUGCUAUGAGUGCCCCUCUCCCGAAGCAAGGUGACAACCUGAGCCAAUCUGCAAUCGCGUUGCUCCGGAACAGCGAGAAUGCACCUGCUGUUAAACUAGACCAUCCUGCUAAUAAGCGGAACCCUGACUGUUCGGUCGCAAAGGACUCGUCAAGACAAGCGCUGCAGCACAUCAGUGGAAGACCAAGGGAUCGCCUAUAGUCAUAGGUAGUAGGGCGUACGCCGUAGUUUAUUGUUGACAGUUCGCGUUUGUGUUAAGCAAUUAGGUGGUAGUGGUGGUGGUGUUCAACCUUUGGUUGAAGAUUACUGAAGAGUCGUACAGCUGAUUAAUUGGUUGUGCAGGUGUUUGGUUUUGGUUUGUAAUCCGGUUAUCGUGGACAGAGGAAUCUGUUCUGCCCCGUGCUCA